AUGUAAAUAAAGACGAAGUAAUAAAAAUAUGUUGAACUAUUACCUUCAAUGUGGAAAAAAUCGUUCUAGUCUUCAGAAUUGUAAUCGCUUUCGGCUUCUGGAAAUUGAGAGGUUAGAAUUACAAAAGGUCCCUCAGCAAUUAAAGAAAUGUCCUUGCCCCCACACAUCUGCCACCGAAUGAUAUGCAUUUGAGCCUGCUUCCCAGUGCCAAACGGCAAUGUCUGUGAUUCAAACUCUAGUCAAAACAAAUCAGUUUUAAAAAUGAUAGAAGCGCAUCAAGACGACUUCGCCGUGAUUAACUGGCGUGAGUUCGCCUGCGGUUGGGGCGCCGCCUUCAUAAACGUCACGGUCACGUAUCCCGUUAACAAAGUCAUCUUCCGACAGAUGUUACAUGGCGUCCACACGUACGGGGCAGUCUUGCAACUUAAAAAUGAAGGUCUGUGGUAUUUAUACAGGGGCAUGCUGCCUCCACUCUGUCAAAAAACCCUUUCACUAUCCCUCAUGUUUGGUGUGUAUGAGGAGGUAAGGAGCAGGCUGGCAAAUCAAGGUGUAAAUUCGUACGUGGCCAAGGCGACAGGUGCUAUGGUGUCUGGUUCAACUGAAGCCAUCUUAAUGCCAUUUGAGAGGAUACAAACCUUAAUGCAAGACCAAAAGUUCCACAACAAAUUCAAGAACACAAUACAUGCAUUUAAAGUAGUUAGAACCUAUGGAUUGCCGGAGUAUUACAGGGGACUGGUAGCUGUUUUAUUAAGGAACGGACCAUCGAACGUCGGCUUUUUUAUCAUCAGGGACGAAAUGAGAAUUAGAAUGCCGGAAUAUGACAAUGAAUUUUUAAGAACUAGCUCUGAAUUCGUGUGCGGUGCCUCUAUUGGCGUAUUUUUAUCCAGUGUAUUUUAUCCUUUGAAUGUAAUCAAAAUACAAACGCAAAGCUGCAUAGGCGGCCCGUGGGAAAGCUUAUGGCAAGUGCUGAUGCAAACUUACGAGGCGCGAGGCAGAAGCAUCAUGAAAAUGUACAGCGGGCUAGGCAUGAACUGCUUUAGGGCGAUGCUCAGUUGGGGCGUCAUGAACACAGCUUAUGAGCAUAUAAAAGGUGUGAUUUAUUGAUUUUUUACAAGUCAUAGGUCUAUUUUUUUAUUUUCUGUUAAGUAUUUAUUGAUAAGUCUAAACUAUGUUAAAUGUGCAAAAGUAUUCUAAGAAAAAUAUAUUAUCAAAUCAAA